AUGGCGCAGAAUCCCCUGAAUUUAGGACCACUGUUCUACAUUGAUAAUGCAGAAAAGAGACGAAUGACAAAUGACAAGUUAUCCAUCUUGAAGACAUCACAAUGUGCACUUGGAGCCCAGCCUUCAAAAAGAUCAGCCGCACUGUCCACCAUGGCUGAUGCUGAGGCUAUGCCUGUUAUAGGAGAAAAUCAGAACAGGUGCUGCAGCACAUUAAAUGACAAUGAGGGCUCAGGACUGCUGACUUGGAGUCAAGGUGUCAACACACCUUCAGUGGAUCCAUCUCAGGAUCCAGGUACUGUAUUAGAGAUCUCCAAGCAAGAUUUUUUUGAGGAAGCAAAAACUCUCAUUGCCCAACAUUAUGAGAACAUAAAUGAGAACAAAGUUCAAGGUACUUCUAUAAAUGUUUUUAGAAAUAAACAGCAAAAACCGAAACCUGGCAAAUACAUACCUGCAAAGAUUAAAAACAAGGAAAUAUUUGAUGUGGUCCAAGAACUCCAGAUAGCUCACAAACGUCCUUAUUUUCACAAAGAUGUUUCCAAGGGGGAAUGUUUUGAGGAGCCCCCUCAACGAACUUCUUUCAAGGAGCCACACAUGUUUCAUGGAAAAGAAAAAACCAAGGGAUAUGUAGAUCUAAUUGCAAAAGCAAAUGGAUGCUCUCCUGGUUCUCCCAAAGAUGUCCCUAAGUGCUGGUGUCGUUUUCAGCAGGUCCUCAUCACCGCAUCCUGUGGAUGCAGACAAGGACUGCCAGGAGGGGGCCAGCUAAAAAGUCAGACUGCCACACCUUCAUGGGUGCAGGCAGAUGACACAGAAUCAGGACCUGUUAGAGACAAGGACUUCGUUACUCACGGCACAGCAUGCAGGCUUAGCUGUAUGUCCCUGUCACUUCCCUUUGCCCCGAGUCCCAUGGGGCUACGUGGAGAGGUCCUCAUAGAUGCUGUACUUGUGAAUGUAGUUGACUGUGCUUUUCUGUCAGUUAGCAUCGAGGCACUACUAGUUCAGCAAGUUCAACUGGGUAAAAUAGUGACUAAUAUUGAAUCAGUGGGUAAAAAAAUGGAGAAAGAAAAGCAGGAGUACCAUGGAAAGCCCAGGGCACCUUCUAGUCUAAGUAAAGUCAGUAAAUUUGACAGCAAAGUUAAAAGAAUUGGGCCACACAUAGAAAUUUUUCAAGUAUUCCGGGAAAGGGCCAGAUCUAUAAUCACCAAAAAAACAAUUAGAAUGGUCACCGUCGUGCAGGCUUUUGUCAGAGGGUGGCUAGAACGCAGAAGAUACCGCAGACUAUUGAACAAGGCUUUGUAUCAUGGGCCAACUUUGAGAGCAGUUAUAAACAUGUAUCGCAGACAAAUCCAUCGUGUUAAACAUCGACUUUGUCUUUGGAGGACAAGACAAAUUAUAAACUAUGCAGAGCUAGAAGAAUGGAUGGAUAGAAAAAAAUACUAUGAAACAAUGUUUGCUAAGAGACAAGAUUGGCACGGAUUAGAAAGAAGUGAGCUCCUUAAGUUCUUCAAUGACUGUGGUCAUUACCCAACAGUGAAGCAAAUUGAUCAGGUUUGGGACCUGGUUCAUAGAGGCAAGUAA